ACUGCUUCUUUCCAACAUUCUGGAUUCUAUGAAUGAGAAGACUGUAUACUCUAAAUGAUGAAGCCAUGGUGAAGUAAAUACCAUCUAUUGCCAGCAUGUGUAAAGAUCGGUGCCCUGGUUGUUGUAGUAGCUUCUCACAGAGGGUAAAGCAUUAUUUUCAAGAAAAUGGCUCUGAGCUCAAGAUGCUGUUAUGGUUUGCAGGACCUCUGGCCAUUACUAAUUUUAUGGACUUUGUACCAAUCAUCAUAACUGCCAUGUUUGUUGGACGUAUUGGGAAACUACAGCUGGAUGCAAUCAUGCUAGCAGUAGCAUAUACCUCGGUUUUUGGAGUUGCAGUGGGACUUGGUUUAAAUGCAGCCUGUGAUACCCUUCUUUCCCAGAGUUAUGGAGGAAAAAAUCUGAAAUACAUUGGGGUCGUUGUCCAGCGAGCAAUCCUUAUUCUGUCACUGGCAUGUUUUCCUUGUUGGGCCUUCUAUAUCAAUACCGAGAACAUCCUUCUGCUUUGUGGACAGGACAAAGACUUAGCAAGAGAAACUGAAUUGUGCGUGUUGGUCCUAAUUCCAGCCCUUCCUGCAUUCUUCUUUUUACAACUUGAACUACGUUACUUGCAAAACCAGGAGAUAAUGUGGCCUCAAAUCCUAAUAAGCAUAUUGGCAAGUGUUGUCACUGCCCUUGUGAAUUACCUGAUGCUUUUUGUUCUAAAAAUUGGAGUAAUGGGUGGUGCUUUGGCAAUUACUAUAGCAGCCAUUUUUGAAUUUAUCUUGCUGCUCAUCUAUAUUCAAGUGAAAAAACUGCAUGUUGCCUCCUGGCCAGGUUGGUCAACCGAAUGUUUGAAAGAUUGGUGGCCGUUCCUAGCAUUGGGCAUUCCUGGCAUGCUGAUUAUGAGCAUUGAAUUUUGGGCUUAUGAAGUUGCAAUGAUAUUAACAGGUCUUAUUACCUUAGUGGAACUUGGGGGACAAUCCAUUCUGUUUCAGUUAAUAACCCUAGUCCAGAAGAUUCCCUUUUCUGUUGGCAUGGCUGCAAGCAUUAGGGUUGGCAUUUUCUUAGGAGCUGGAGAGACUGGUCAAGCAAAGAAGUCUGCUAAAUUAAGCAUGGUUAUAGUAGCUUUAUUUUCACUAUUAAUCUUCAUUUUACUGCUUGCUCUGAAGAAACCACUUGGAGAACUAUUUACCACUGAUAAGGCUAUUGUAUUACUGGUGUCGAAAACCAUGCCUCUCUGUGCCAUUUUUUAUGUUGCUUACUCACCAGCUGGUGUUUUCAAUGGACUGCUUCGAGGCAUUGGGAAGCCAGAGAUUGGAGCAUUGGCAUUUAUCAUAGGUUAUUGCCUGAUAGUAUUUCCAGUUGCUGUACCCCUCAUGUUUCCAGCAAAGCUAGGAAUAACAGGUUUUUGGACUGGAAUGAUAACUGGGUUUACUGUUAUCGAUCUCUUCUUCUGUAUAUAUUUUUGGAAAGUAAACUGGAACCUAAUGACAGAAAAGGCUCAAGAACUUGUAGGCUUGAGAAAGGAUCUUGACUCAUUUCAGCAUAGUGUUGAUCCUGCCUUAUUUGAGCAUAGUAUUGAUACUCCAGAUGACAGGGAACUGACCAACUAUGCUGCCCUACAUACCAGUAGCAGUGAAAGCGAACUCCAACAAAUGGAUACUCCAGAGGUGUCAAAAGAGGACAGGCAAGCUUUAAAAUGGCUCAUUAUCCGACGGAGUUUAGAGGCACUUGCAGUUAUUUCAACUUUGCUUAUUGGACUUAUUAUAAAAUUCACUGUUAAACGGCACUAGCUGCAGACCGAGCAGCAUUAAUGGUGUACUGCAGUUAUGCAUGUAGUACUACAGGAAGAGUCUUUUUACACUUGUGCACUUUAUUCCUGUGCUUUAAAAAAAUAAAAAUCUGCUUUCUGUAUCA